GCGCCAUCUAUGACUAAAUAGUCUAAACACAGAUUGACCACCACGAAACAUAACCUCAAAAUAAACGUCAAAAAUCGAGAAGUAAAUAAUUACAAUGUUUUUAAUUUUUACCUUGUUUAAUCCAAGUUGUUAAAAUGUGGGAACCAGCAAAUAUAACGGAGAAAAACCUUAACAAUGAAACACACAAAAUCAUUGCCGAGGCUCAGCUGCGUAAAUACGGGUCGUUCCUCGUUAAAUUCGUCGAGGAUACAAAUAGUUGCGAGAAAAAGUUCGAAAAUACAAAUAACGUAGUUGUUAAACCUUUAGUUUUAAAUACAGAGCCAUUUGAAAAUGUUUCGAUACUGCAUCUUGUUCAUUCAGAUAACAAAAUUCUCAGCAAAAUUUUGGCAAGUUUAGCUUCAAUAUGUGAAGAAAUCAAUUUUUUGGUCAAGGAGAGUGAUGGGUUAUACAAGGAGUUUGUUAUGUAUGGGGGAGAAGAGAAUAGCAAUAAUAUUGAAAAUAUAGAAAUUGUAAGCCAAUUUUUGGAAACCUUACAGAAAGUUCAUAACUUCAUAGUUAGAUCACAACAAGUUUUAACUUUGUUAGUAAAACAAUUAAGUUGUAUACUUGGAAAAGGGUUUUAUACAAGUACGUCCACAUCAACUUUUAGUGAAAUGUUAAAUAAAUUUUCCCAGUUAUUAGUGUGUUUGGUAACAUUAGAAGCAUUAUUAGAAAAUCCACUAUUACAAGAACACAUGGUUCUUUAUAGAAAAUGUUUGAGAAACACUAUGCAUAACUCAAAAUACAACAUAUCACGGGAAAAUGUCAAAUUAUUUGAAAAAAUUAUUGUAACAAUGCAAAAUAAGUUAUUAUCGGGUAGAAUAUUUAAAGAUACCCUCGAUAAAUUUUUGGAGGACAAACUAAUAACAGCGCUAAAAAAUUGUAGUUUAAACAUCGAAUUUGCCUUAUACAUAAAUUCUUUAUUAUCAGAGUUAGAAAAAGAAGAUGAAAAUAUUAAUAAUGUGCAACUUUGGAUGCAAUUAAAUGUUACAACUGUUUUUUCAAUAUAUAUUUUUGGUAAUAUUGACAAGAAAGUUAUUAGAAAACUGUUUGAAUUAAAUAAAAGGAUAUCUGCUUGUACCCUAAUUGGUAAUAUCAUGUGGUAUCCGGAAAUAUUUUUUCUAAAACAUGUACAAGUUAUGGUAAAGUUUAUUGACAUAAAAACAAUUGAAUCGCAAAGAAUAACACACAUAACAAGUAAAUAUCAAAUGCUUCCAAAAGAGUCACAGCUGGUUCUAUCACAGGCUUGCUCUCUAAUGAUAGACAUACAAAAACUAUCAACCAAUUCAACUAUAAAAUCAACCUACUUGCAAGAAAUUUGCAACCUAUUUAUGAAUGCAUUAAAAUUCAUAUACAGGUUAAAUGUUCAAAUAAAACUGUUGAUAAACAUACAUACAGAAAAAGAUAUAACAAUGACUAAAUCUGUAUUGUCGGCCCUAUGUAAAUUUUUGGAACUUUUGAAGGCAAUGAAAAUCAUUCUCAACAAAUAUAGUGAUACAUUAUUAAAUUUAACUUUGAUUUUAUCUCAUCAACUUUCCUAUAAAGCUUUGAGUAUUUUAGGAAAUAUAAAGAAAAAUUUUACUCAGGAAAAAUUCUACAAAGAACAUCAGCUGGAUGUGUUAUCAGCCCUUAAUGUUUGUGAACAUUCUUUAAAAGGUCCAAAUACAUCUCAAAGAUGUACAAUAGCUAAUCUAGCUUUAUCAGCUAGUGGUUUACCUCCAGAUAUGCUUUUUACUUUAAGAUUGGCUAUAAAUCAACUGGAAAUAAUUUCGUAUUUCAGCAAAGUCAUCAAAACCAACUCUGAUUGCUCGUUUUUAUACUGGCACCAAGUUUAUUUGUUGCCUGUUUAUUAUUCCAAACUUAUUUCCAACCGGUCCAAUUUAUCCAGAUACAACCUACUUUUAAGCGCUCUAUCUGAUUGCUCUUCAUUGUGCGAUCAAGAGAAAAUAAAGGAAAAAAACGAUAUCGAGUUAAAAUUGAACGUUUUAACGCCUUUAAAUCAAAUAGUUGAAACAAAUUUGAGGCUUCAGACCCACCAGCACUUGGAAUUGCCGCCGUUUGAUCCGCUUAAAAAUUAUAUUUCGUUAAAUUUUUAUAAAUACUUACCUGCUGUUAUCAAUGACCAAUACAAAAAUAUCAAAAACGAUACCGAACAUUAUUUGAGCGGCAUGUUCUACAAUCUCACCACUGUUGUUCUACACAAUUGGAAAACCUAUGGGGAAAUGAGAAGGCUUGCCUUGCUCCAAUACGGUCUGGAUACUGUCGAUGACAACCUGCCAAUGCAAACCUUGGAACAAGGUUUGGACGUGUUGGAAAUUAUGCGCAAUAUAAACGUGUUUGUCAGCAAAUACUUGUACAAUCUAAACACUCAGGUAUUUAUAGAAGAGUCCAGCAACAACAAAUAUUUAAACACAAUAAAUAUAUCGCACGUAGCCAACUCCAUAAGAACCCACGGACUGGGUAUCAUGAAUACAACCGUCAAUUUUACUUAUCAAUUUUUGCGUAGUCAGUUUUAUAUUUUUUCUCAGUUCAUGUUCGAUGAGCACAUCAAGUCGCGUUUGCUAAAGGAUUUGAGGUUUUUUGCUGAGCACAAGAACGAGAUGAACCAGAUGUACCCGUACGAACGCGCCGAGAAGUUCCACUUUGGUAUCAGAAAGCUCGGCUUGAAUCAAAGUGGCGAAAGUUACCUGGAUUUGUUUCGUAAAGUUAUCACUCACAUAGGUAACGCUAUGGGUUACAUAAGGCUGAUUAAAUCCGGGGGGAGGAGGUGCUUGGCAGACGGGGCUUGUUUUAUACCCGACCUGAAAGGCAUAGACCAGCUGACAAAUAUUUUCGAGGAAAGCGACUUGCCGAAUUUGUCGAAAAGCGCUGCAAGUGGGGUUAAAAACGAUCUGGAAAACUUUGUGGAUAAUUUUGAGGAAGCAACGGAAUAUUUCAAAUUAUUGGUCAAAGUUUUUGUGCCUGUAUUGAGGAAUAAGGACAAUAUCCAUUUGAAGAAUUUUUAUGUCAUUGUUCCACCAUUGACAAUCAAUUUUAUUGAGCAUUCUUUAAGCCACAAGGACAGACUCAACAAAAAGAACAAAACUGAUAGCGCCUUUACAGACGACGGGUUCGCUUUAGGUCUGGCUUAUAUAAUUGAAUUACUGGACCAGGAAAGCCAGUUAAACUCGUUGCAUUGGUUCCACGCAAUCCAGAGGAAAUUCAAAAACGAUAGGCUUAAAAUAGAUGAACAAAAAGCCUUGUCUGUAAAUGAUAAUACCAAGCUAAAACAAACGUUGACGUUGACUGAAAAGCGUAUAAAAACUUUCGAAAAGGAAUUUCAACUUUUAUACUACAGUUUUAAUAGCGCCAGGUUAUUUUUCCAAACAUAAUAUUUUGUGAUAUUAAACUUUAUUAAAAAUGUUUAUUGUUAACUAUCAAUUGUGCCUAUAUAUUUUAUUAUAAAAUUUUUGAUUAAGC